AACGGUAAACGGUAAUUAUGCUUCAACUAAUAAUAUUAUCCAAAAUAAUUGGGUUGUAUUGGCUGCCGGUAGUAUUGGUUGGGACAACUAUGCCGAUCAGUCAAUGAUAUACCGGGCCUAUCAUAUGUUCCGGUCGUACGGUAUACCCGACGAUCAUAUCAUAAUGUUUCACUACGACGAUAUUGCCUACAAUACACACAAUCCGACACCGGGUAAAGUAAUCAACGUUCCCGGAGGUCCCGAUGUCUAUCACGGCGUUCCCAAACACUAUACCGGUGCUGAUGUUACACCAGAGAACUAUUUAGCGGUACUUAAAGGCGAUCCGGAAUUGGAGAAAAAGGGCCGAAAAGUGCUGAAAAGCGGUCCAAACGAUAACGUAUUUCUAUGGUUCGGCGAUCACGGAGCACCUGGUAUGAUACUGUUCCCGAAAUUAGGUGUACACUCGAGUGAUCUACACUCGGCACUGGUAUAUAUGYACGAAAAUAAACGUUACGCCAAUCUAGUCUAUUAUGUUGAUACAUGCUUUUCAGGUUCAAUGUUUAAUAAAUCACUAACCAGUGAUUUAAAUGUCUAYGCUGUUACGUCAGCACCAAUUGAUGAUGGUAGUUAUUUUUAUUAUUAUGAUAAACAAUUGGAAACAUUUUUAGGUGCAUGGGUAUUAUCACAUUUUCUAAUUGAUCUUGAUCAAACUGUUGACCUUGAUAAACGUACCCUGGACCAACAAUGGCAUUAUUUGAAUAGGACUCACGUUAUCGAUGAAACCCAAACCUAACCCGCGAUCAUCCAGGCUAUCAAUAUCCUCAACGUUACGGUCAACUAGAGAUGCGGUCGAAAACCUUGUCACAGUUUUUUGGACAUAAAAAAUCUAUUGAUGAAUCAAAAUAUCCAUUACUAYCAAUUAGUGAYAAUAAUAAUAAUAAUAAUAAUAAUAACUAUGAGUUAGUUAGCAAACAUAAUGCUGAUAUACGWUUGGCUGAAUUACGUUUACAGUACAGUACAAGUUUGGAUAGAAAAUUAUACUAUGUUCAACAAUUAAAAUCAUUGUUAGAGCGCCGGAUAUUAGUUGACCGACAUUUCCGACAAUAUUUGWUAGUAUUAGUCAUACACUGAUUAGUAGUAGUAGUAGUAGUGAUKYCGACAUAAUCGAUACUAUGCUAACUGAGCGCCAAUUGUUAGCUAACAGUGUUAAUG